CAUCACCCUCUGCCAGAGUAUCAAAGCUUUUCGCUUUCGAGACGGGAAAUCUCGCCUUUAGUGGGCUCCACUAACCCCACCUCCAACCCGCUCCCUCCAUCAAUCGGUAAGCCACCUUACUUCUUUUCCAAGCUCGCCCUCCUCCAUCUGAUAUAAAAAAAGUCCAUCUUAUCUCACUCCAAAAGACCAAAAAGUCCUCUACAUCUCUCUCUCUUUCUCUCUAGAAUUUUCUUCUGUAACGUUGGGAUGAAGGGCGAAUAUGGAGAAAGAAGGGGCAUUUUCGAAAGGCAGCAGCGGGAAUACCAGACGUCGGAAGAGGAAGAGAGUCGCAGCAGUGGAGGCUGCAGCAAGAGAGCGAAGCAAGCUGAAACCAGCAACGCCACUGAUGGAGCAUCCAUUGAGGUAGUCCGCAGGCCACGUGGCCGUCCACCGGGCUCCAAGAACAAACCCAAGCCCCCCAUCUUCGUAACCCGCGACACCACCGAAUCCGCCAUGUUCCCCCACAUCCUCGAAGUCCCCGGCGGUCUUGACGUCAUCGACGCCAUCGCCCGUUUCGCCCGCCGCCGGAACGCCGGCCUCUGCGUCCUCACUGGCACCGGCACCGUCGCCAACGUCACCCUCCGGCAGCCCUCCACAACCACGUCAGCCACCUCCUCCUCCACCAUCACCUUCCAUGGCCGUUUCGACAUCCUCUCCAUCUCCGCCACAUUCCUCCCGCCAUCUUCGUCCUCCGUCUUUUCUCAGCCGUUCAACGGUUUCAAAAUCUCGCUUGCGGGCGCGCAAGGGCAGAUCGUUGGUGGGUCCGUGGUGGGAUCUCUGCUCGCUGCAGGGACUGUUGUGGUCGUGGCAGCGUCCUUUUCUAGCCCAACCUUCCACCGACUGCCGGGGGAGGAUGAUAUGUCUACGGCUGAGAUUGCUGCUGCUGUUGGAGCAUCAGAAGCGAGUCCACAUCAUCAAAAUCCAGUGGAGUGCAGCGGUGGGAUGUCUAUGUACAGCUGUCAUCUUCCAUCUGAUGUUAUUUGGGCGCCUACGCCUCGGCUACCGCAGCAUCCGCAACAACAGCCGUACUGAGUUUUCAUGUGAUUUGAUGAAAUUACGUUUUAAUCUCUUGUUUUAGCUUCUUUUUUUUUUUUUAAAAAAAAAAAUUUAAAUAUAAGUAGAAUAUAUUGUAGUGAA